UUGCAGAAGAACGUGGAUUUCCCGGGAUGGUUGGAAGCAUCGACUGUAUGCAUUGGGUUUGGAAGAGUUGCCCAGCAGCUUGGAAAGGCAUGUAUACACGAGGAUCCGGCAAACCAACAAUUGUUUUAGAGGCGGUCGCGUCAUAUGAUCUCUGGAUAUGGCACGCCUUUUUUGGAUCUCCAGACAGUAUUUAUCCGAAAUGGUCAACGUUUAUUCAAUCCAUACCACUACCACAGACUCCAAAAGCAUCUUUAUUUGCUGAGCGCCAAGAAAGUGCCCGAAAAGAUGUUGAGCGUGCGUUCGGUGUCCUACAAGCUAGAUUCGCAGUCAUUAAAAAUCCAUGUUUUUUAUGGGAUAAAGACCAAGUGGGAUUGAUUAUGAGGGCGUGUAUCAUACUCCACAAUAUGAUUGUUGAAAAUGAACGAGAUGGAUACAGUCAAGCUGAGGUUUCUGAUUUCCCACAAGCAGAGGGUGUGGAUCUUUCAUAUUCUAUCAAUAUGAAUUCAAAUAUUAGCAACGUGUUGAAUGGUCAAAUAAUAAUCCGUGAUAGAGAAGUGCAUGACCAAUUGAAACUUGAUUUAGUUGAAUAUUUAUAGACUAAAUUUGGAUAUUAAAUAUGUUUCAUGUUUUAAUUAAAUAUGUUUCUAUGUUUUAU